AUGGCGGGUGGCGUAGGGCCGUCGCCUGCGGCGGCGGCGGCGACACUUCGUUCUUCGUCUUCUCCCGAUCACCACCUGUGGAUGUCGUCGCUGAUUUGGCCAGACAUCCCCCUUCAAGCUUCGAUUUCGUGCGUCGCUGUGAACCCGCGAGGCUCGUUUCUCGCGACCGGGACACACAGCGGGCACAUUUACGUCUGGUACCUCUCCGCGCUCCACCGCGCGCUCGCGCGCCCAGACACUCGCCUCUGCCCCCUCCCGAAGGAGGCGCUCUCCCUCGCCUCGUCGUCGGAGUCGCACUGGGUUUCGAGAAACUCUCUCGGGGCGGGACAAGGACCGUCUUCCUCACCCAUCGCCAAAGCGGCAGGGGCCGACGACGCCAUUCCAGCGGAAGAGGGGAGCGACUCAGCGCCGGGGGACGCGGGCGCGGCCGAAGCCGACAGCGGGUUGCCUCCGUGCGGAGCUCUCCCUCGGGGAGGGGUGUCUCGAAGUGACCCUGGCUUUCCUCCAGCUUGGUGUCCUCCGCCUCUUUCGUUCCCCGCUGCCACAUCCUCUUCUGCGGCUUCGGGGGGGGCGGGCCCCAACAGCUUCGAGGCGCCGGUGCCGCUCGUCCCCCACUUAAUUUUGAUUUCUGAGUGGGGCGGCGCUGCGGCUUUGAUUGAGUGUGUGUUUGCAGUGGCGUCUGCUCCGCUGCUGCAGGCGUGCAGCGAAGAGGUUCUGGUGUCUCUACACGCGGACAGCAAGCUGCGAGUCUGGUCGCUCCUCGACGGCCGCUGCCUGUCGGUCACAAAGCAGUUUCCGUAUCCGCUGCUCUCCGUCCGCGUGCUGUCAGACCGGCGGUACGUUGUCCUCACGGGCCAGACGGGCGCGUUUGUUUUUGACCUGUGGACUCGAUGCCGCGUCUGUCACCUGUCGCUGUCUCUGCCGCUCUCCGCUGCGCCGUCGACGGCCUUCCAUCGCCGCCACGAUGAAGCCUCUCUGCACCCGUCGCCUGUCUCCUCGCCGGCCCAGGGGCCCUUCGGAGACACGGGGCGCGCGCGGUCGGACGAAGGGACGGGUCCGCUGCCGCGCUGGAGGAAGCCCGAGCGUGAUCCGCGCGGCACGCACGCAGGCGACGCGUGGCCGCUUCUCCGCCUCUUCGCGACCGCCACCAACGCGCCUCCUGACUGCAGUGAGGAGGGCUUGCGCCGACUCAAGGCGCUGUUCCCUAACUUAGCGCCGCAUUCGAGAGCGCCUCUCUCGUCUCUGCUCGCCGAAACAGGAGAGCGAGCGAGGAGUACACCUAGAGACGGGCGCGACCUGCAGCAGCGGCUUGCCGCGGACAGCCCGGCGAAACGCUUCCCCGCCUCAGAAGGACAUGCACACACGAGGCCGCCAUCACUGCUGAACAGCCCUUCUGCCUCCGCCUCGUCUUCCUCGUUUUCUGCUUCUUCGCCUUUCGCUUUCCUUACUCAGCAGUCGCAGCAAAUCGCCGCCGGCGAGGUGGCUCGCGGCGACUCCUUUGGCUUUUUGUCUUCUCCGCAACCGUCGCGGGGGGUCGACGACGACAUUUCCUCCCUUCCGCUCUUUCCGCGCCUCGACACCGCACCCCGGGGGGCACUCGCCACGCCGCCUUCGCGGCCGUCGUCGCAUCUGCCGCCACCGCCGCUCUACGAAUCUCCCUCGUUUUCGUUUUCGGAUGUCCCUGUCGCGCAUGACGGCGCGCAGCUGCCUCCCUUCCUCGAGCAGCCUGUGGCAGUUGGGGGCCUCACGCCCGAGGGCCGGCUAGCCGUGUGGGACUUGCGCGGGGUCUUGGCUAGCUGGGAGCAGCAGCAGCUCGACGGGCUCGGGGGCCAGGCGCUGUUUCAGGGCAAGCGCGAGAGAGCUGUGUUUGGAGCGUUGCUUGCAGAGGGGUCGGGCGCGACAGCCGAUGGCCGCUCUCCCGCGGACUCGCACGCCGCUGGCACGGAGCAGGCCGGGGGCCUGCGCGUGGCGUCGGCCUUCGCCGGGGGCGUCGGCGGCAGACUGGGGGGCGCGGGAGACGCGGGGGGCGCCGUAGGCCUCCUCGCGCAUUUGGGCUCGUCGUCUUCGUCCGCCGGGAAGAGAGGCGAAGAAGAGGCUCUGCGCGGACCGAAGGGCAAGAGACGCGGCGGAGGCAAAGCUGCGGGCGCAGGAGGGAGGACAGCCACCGAAGGCGCCGCCGCAGUGCUGCAGCCCAUGCGCACCAUGUUUGAGGGCAUGUUUGGCGAUGCAGCAGAGGACGAAUCGGAUGACGACGACGAUGAAGAUCCUGAGAUCCACAAACGCCUCAAGGGCGUGGAACCCGUGUUUGUCUCCCACGCCUGCUGCGCGCCCGUGGCGCUCCCUGAAGUCGGCGGCACCGGCGCGUCGACGCUGUUGUGUAUCACAGCCUCCUACUUGAUUGCGAUCAGCUGCGAGCGCCUCGUGGUCUGGCGGCGCGUGUGGCGAGGCGGAGACGCGCGUCCAUCUGCGCCUCCCUCCGUCCUCUACGACCCCUUCCUCGACAUCCCUGCCGCCGCGCCGGCCUCACCAGCGGCCCGCAGCUGCCUCAGCAGCGACGGAGACAAAGGCGACGACGAGGAGACAGGGGGCGACCGCCGGGCGGGGACGUGGGGGGAGGCAGGGGGGCUCGGCGACGCCUUUGCGCAUCUGCCGAGUGCGCAGCGCCCGCGCGCGCUCUCUGGCCUCUCGGGAGAAGACGAGACACACCUCCUGCGUGCGCCUUCCUCCUUGGCAGAUGUCCGUCUCGCGACGACCGGCGAGCCGCCACGCGUCGUGCCGGGGUGGUGCGGCGCGCAUCUGCUCGCCUACUCGUCCAGCAUGGAGCGUUUCUGCCGAGACCUCGACGCUCUGCAUGCACAGCAGCUGCUGCGCAGCCUCUGCUCCAAGCCCUCAGGGGAGCGCGGGCGCGACGCCGUCCGCCUCGGGGAAACAGAAGGCGCACGCCUGCACGCAGAGGAUCCACGAGGGCCCCAGUCGCACACGCCCCUCGAUCUCUCUGCGUGUGUGCCGCGGCGGUUCGACAGAGUGGAGGCGGUGCUUAUCGCCUGGUUGACUGACGGGGUCGUUAAAGCGUUUCCGCUUCCGCUGCUCGAGGCCGCGCCGCGUGGCGAGCUCGCCGCGCUCACGCCAGGCGCCCCCUGCGAUGGAAGCCACGAAGAAAGAUCAGAGAGGCUGUGGAAGGCGGACGCGCGCGCCGGUGCAGUUGCGUGGACGGCGUCAGAUCUCGCUCUCGCUCGAGAGGGCCUUCUGGUUGGGCGCCUGUCGGAUGAUCUCCUUGGGGGCGAGGACACGCCGUCGCCCGUGUUCCUGCCACUUGCCUCGUGCUCGCCGUCUGUCUCUCUCUUCUCUUCCUUUCCUUCGGCGCGAGAGUCUGCGGCGGCAGGCGCGCCGAAGACGCAGGCCACUCUCGGGUGGCGGGCUGAGGAGCGCGCCGAGGGGGAGGAAGAAGAGAGCCACGCAGGACGCCAAGGAGAAGGCCGUGAGAGAGAGUUGGCCGUUAGGAUCUCGAGGAGGACCUCCGCAGGGCUUUUGUCGAUUGGUGUCUCUUUAGAGGCUUCCGACCGCGUCUCCGUGGCCUCGUGGACCCUCGAGGAGACGGGCCGUCCGUCGGCCUGCUGGCUGGGGGUCCAAGGCUCGUUCCACGGCUCCUCUGCGGAGCGAAGUCAGACUUCGAACUCCCUCAUUCCUGAUGCGCAUUUAGCUGAGGCCUUCCUGCCUCCGGGCUCCGUUUUCGCUCACGACAACGAAACAGCGGAGACGCAAGACCUGUCGGCGGUCGCCUCGCGUUCCCCCUCCUCGGUGGCAGCUUCUUCCACAAGGCUUCAGCGGCCGUCUGUUUCACGUCAGGCCUUUCCUCCUGCAUGUGCUGGGUCACGUUCACCUGUCGCAUGGAUUGGGGCCUCGCGUCGUCUCCGCGCCUCCGUCUGGGCCUCCCUCAGUCUGAGCGACUUGUGGCGCCUGCCGUCGACGCUUCGGGCGAGCCUGCAUCGCACACUCUUCCCGCCGAUUCCGCUCGUGCUCAGUUCGCCUGACGCGAGCCGCAAGUCUUCGCUCUGCUUCUUGUCGGGAGGCGCUCCAUUCGCCGACGGGCCCCGCGUAGAGAAGGCAGAAAACGGUGCAAGCGGCAUGGCGCUGCGGAGCCAGUUCUGGCGUCUCCUCUCGCUGCUUGAGCGGAAUGAUGGACACGCGGCCUGCGAGGACGCGUAUCUUCCUCUCAAGCAGACCGCAGCGAUGCUCGCAUCGAUGCGACGGGCGCGCGAGGCUCCCCUUCCCUCUGGCAAAGCCGAGGCGCGUCUCGCUCGCCCGUCGCCCCGCGGCGCUGACGCGAAGAGGCACACCGCAGAUCGCCACAUUUUGUCGUGGUGCCUCGUGGAGUCGCAGGGCCGCGUGUUUCUGAUCUGCAGCUCAUCCGACGGCGCCGCGCUUGGCCUCUGCCUAAACCACGUUGCUGGACGGCUGCGGCUCCGUCGGCACCACUCGCACUCCAAGCCUUUGGGCCGUUCGCCGCAGGCAGACGGCGAGGUCGCCGGCGCGCAUGCAUCCUGCAGGCGUCAGCGGCGGAGUGAAGAUCGCAUGGAGUGCGGACUCGGCGGCGAAGCGUGCGAAGAAGGUGAAGAAGAAGAGGACGAAGAAGAGGAAGCUCUAUACUUGAGUGGGCAACCCGAGACUCUUCCAUGGCCCGCAGCGCGUCACGACCUGCCCAGCUUGGUUCACCUGCCGACGCCGGCGACGCACCCGGCGCUAGUGGCCGAGGUGGAGGCUCAGGGCAGGCGAAGAAGAGCCUCGGCGCAACGGGGCUGCGCCGCGAGGAGAUGCCCGCGGGGCGGGGGGGGGGCGAGGGGAGGAGCCGCGGGCGGCGGAGGCUCGGAGAUCGGCGCGUCUAGGGGAUCCGUCUCCAGGCCGCAUCGCGAGUAUUCGGGGUGGCUAGCGGCGGGCGGCGGCGGUUUGAGCACGACCUGCCCUCCGACCUCUGAGGAGCUCGAGGAAACGCUUUCUGAGUUCGCGUCUUCCGCCGACUCUGCUUCGAUGUCUUCGCAGAGAGUUUCCUCCUCGUCCUCUGAAGAAUUUUCGCCCGCAUCAGACGACGACUGGGAGGCGUGGUCGGUGGCGUCGAGCCCGUCUUCUCCGUCCUGUUCGUCUCCGCCCUCAGACGACGAGGCCCGCGAUAGGCGUCUGUCGACGUCUUCGCUGUCGCGCGUUCCUUCGGGUCUUGUCUCUUCCUCCUCGCGCAGCGUCGCUUCUCGGCGCGUCCACAGAGCUCCCUCGGCCGCCGCACUGCCUUCUUCUGCGCCUCUGUACGCGUGCGCCCACGACCAGGUGAAAACGCAGAUUACACACUUUUGCUCGCUGAGCUCCGUGCUGCUUGCGGGCGGAACGAGCCGCGGUGACAUUCUGUUUUGGCGGCUGCCCUCGUUCUCCGUGUGCGGAUUUCUUCCCCACGCUCUGCCGGCGCCGGUCUCCGCGAUGCUGCGCGUGCUCGCCGUGUGCGGCGGACAGGGCGAGACGCAGUUCGACUCGAACUGUUUUCUGGCCGCGGAUGCGAGCGGUCAACUGACCCUCAUCGACGCAGCCAAGUGCUGCGGGUGCACGGACACCUCCAGUGCCAAUCCGCCAGACGCCCGCCAGCUCCCCGCGGAGGCUGCCCACGGCGCGGCUUCCGACCGAAACCGCGCAGGAGAAGUGGAGGUUCCUGCGUCGCGCGUCUCCAGCAGAGCGAGCGACGAGCGGGCGAUACACACCACACUUGGCGGAAAAGAGCAGGCGUCCGCCGCUGCACAUCUGGCGUCAGCGGGGGUCGCGGGGGGGGGGGGCAGCGGAGGAGCUGCGGGCGAAGGCGGCAGACGCGAAGAGGGUGAAAGCGGGUCUCUGAGCCGGCGAGAAGGAUCUCGUCCGGGGCAGGCCGCGCACGACCAGCGGAGACAGGAAGACCGACAGGUUUCGCGAACGCUGUUGACUCCUGCCGCGGCCACGAAGGGCCUUGUGGAGAGCCCGCUGUACGUCCACUACCGCGCGUCGACGUGGAGUGUGCGUACACCUGCGCUUCUGCAGGCUGUGCCUCGUCCGUGCAACUGGUCGGGAGUGUUUCCGCUGGAGCGACUGGAGGGCGCGCCGCUAUGUUUCUUUUCGGGGUUUCGCGCACCGGGCGAGCCCGGCGUCGCGUGCCCCGGGGGCGAGAGCGGCUUGGCGCACGCCUCCUCGCCCGUCGCGCCGCACGCGAUUCGUAAGGUCGCCGUCGACCUCCUCUCAGACACGAUCUGCUGCAUCACGGCCUCGGCGCAGUUCUUUCUCUGGAAGAUUCAAACGGGCCGGCUGCUCAAGUACGGCCCGCUCUCCAGAAUCCCCGGCGUCUUCGCGCCCGACGCGCCCAACCCAGACUCCGGCUGCGCACGCACGUUCCUGCAGAAUCCGCACCUCCACUCCUCCUCGCCGCACCUCGAGAUGACUGUCUGGGGGUUCGCACUGGGCCACCUGCAGCUCGCCUCCUCCUCGUGCUGCCGCUGCUGCCACUUCUCCACGUCCGUCCCGCCAGCCUUGGCUGCGUCUUCGCGCCCGCAGUGCCGCACGCAGCGCCGCGCGGCGCGCCGCCCGAGAGAGGGCGACGGCGCCGAGAGUCGCGGUGGAGACCCGGCUCAUUCGGUGCUGUCGUGGCCUGAAGGCUCCACCUCGGCGCCCCGCGCGCCGGCGACGGCCUCGCAGCCCUCGCUCGCUGUCUCGACUUCGGCGUCGCGGGCAGACCCUGUGAAGACCCGCGACCGCGGGCCUUCGCAAGGGCGGCGGUCGCGCGGCCUUCAGGCUCCGCUGGACGCUUCGCGCCUCUGCCAGCUGAAGAGCUCCGUCGACGCCCACCGCACGCUUCCCAGCGCCGCGGUGCUCCUCUUGCCUCUCGCGCAGUUCCUGCAGGCCUGCCAGCCGCCGCGACCGCUCGUGGCUUCUUCGUCGGCGCUGGCAGACGGCUCAGGCGGCGGCAGGCCCGCAGGAGGCGCCGGGGGGGCUGCGGGCGCGGCCGGGUCGAGGGGGGAGGGCGCGGAGCAGCAGCGGCCGCCGCUCGCGGCGCAUGCGCUAGCCCUUUGCUCGGCGUUCCUGCCGUUUGGUGUCGACGCCGCAGUGGACUUUGGGCUCCAGGAGCUCUUUUCCUUCCUCGCGCCCUCGCCACUGCCGCUCGUGCCCGGGGUGAUUGGCGCCGACCUCGCCAUCUCCUUCUCGCUUCCGCUGCUUCUCAUCCACGGCCUCCUCCACGACUUCUACCUCCGGCAGGCGGCGCGCGCAGCUGAGCUCCGAAAAAGUGUCUCUCUCCCCCCGCAGGCCGCUCUCAGCCUCCCGUUCGACGAGACGCCGCCCAGCUGCCACCAGCCGUCGCUGCGCCACAGCAUCCGGCUCCACGCGCAGGCGGCGCGCCGAGCCGACAACCCCCCUCCCGCGGCCUGUUCGCACGUCCCCGAAAGGCAGUCCUCGACGUCUCUCGCCUCGGCGCCUUUAUCCCCUUCGUCGCCGUCUGCCUCAUCGAUUGGCGUCGCUUCUGCAUGCGAGGUCUUCGCCUUCUUCGCGGCCGCGCUCGCGGAGCGCGACGCGGCCUGGGGCCUCCGCGGGGCAGCGGAGGAGGCGCGGCGGCCGGCGUUCGCCGAUGCGGUCUCACCGUUCGUCGCACUCCACAGACAACUGGAGCGGCGCAAGCAUUUGCGGAAGGCGGGCUGCAGCAGCCUGACGAGCCCCUCGUCGCUCGCUCUGCAGCAGCGCCUGGCGCGCACGCACAGGCUCCCCGGUCUCUGUCGCGCCUCAGCGGGCCUGAAGGCCCUCGUGGCCACUGGGCCCUCUGCGGCCGUGGUGUCGCCCGCCUUCGCGCCAGCGUCCGCGCUGCCGGUGACGGCCGACGCGGGUCUCCUCCUCGGCAGGCAGGUGCCGCCUCUCCAGGGCGAGGCGUCAGCGCGUCUGAGUUCGCGCGCCAGCGUGGACGCCGGCGCGCGCGAGUCGAGCGCCGAGAGCGCGAGACGCGGAGAGCGAGGGGAGUCUUUGCGGCCUGCCUCCCUCGAAGGCGUCGCGCCCUCGCCCGCGCACGUGGCGUUGCGUCUGGGCCUGCCUCCCCCCCCGCUGUGUGAGGCGCUCAGUCUCUCGGGUCUGCCGGCGCUGGCAAGCGGCAGCGCAGCUACUCUGCGCGCCUCGUCCGCUUCGCCCUUUUUCUUCUCCUCGUCCUCCAGCCUCUCGCUUGCGUGCGCGUUCCUGGGCUCGGCUUCGACGGGCGGGCGCGGGGGCGGCCGCGGGGGCGGGCUGCUGUCGCGCGUGUCGCUGGUCAGUCGGCGCCAGGGGGCCUACGUGUUUGGUAUGUUCCUUGCCUCGGCGCCCUCCGCGUUUCUCUCUGCCUGCAGCCGCUCGCCGGACGACGCGGCUCGCGCGUACGCGGGCGCGAAGGCUCGCCUGCACGCUGCGCUCGACGAGACGCUGGGGGGCGGGGCCUUGACUCUCAGCAGUCGCCAGCAGCAGAUGCAUAUUCAGUACCAGCAGCAGGUGUUGUACCGGCAGCUCGACUUCCUCCAGACCCAGCAGAAGGCCUUCGAGGCGAAGGCGGUGCGCCGCGAAGACACGCCAGCGGACGAGGCGAGCCAGGCCGCGAGUCAGGCGAUGGUGCCGGGGGCACAGGCUCGCGAAGACCGAGCGACGGCGGGCCCCACGAGAGAAGGAAACGACGCCGCGGUUGGCGCCGCCCAACGCAGUGCGGGCGACGAGUCGGUUGACAAACCCGAGAAGCCAACGUUGUUAGCCGCCUUCGUCGCUCAGCAGGUGCGCCAACUCCAGGCUCAGCAGGAGGCGACGCGGCAGCAGCUUGUGAGGCUCCAGCAGCAGCUAGUCGCUUUGGCAGACGGCGAGCACUGGGGCGAAGACGGGAAGGCGGACGGCGGGCGGCGGCUCAUCCGCGGGCGCGAGAGACUUCUCCAUCUCUCGCUCGUCGUCGCGACCGCCCCGUGGCCUUCGCCCAGAGAGGCUCUGCGCCCUUCCCGCACCGCCGCGCAAGAGGAGGAAGCCGCUAGCGGCAGAGGAGGCAGGCCGGGGGCCGAAGGCGGAGAGGAGGCCGCCUCGCUGCCUUCUCCUCAAAUCCAAGGAGGCGGUUGCGGCCAUGAAGCGCCGAAGAGCGAACAGGCGGCGCCCUCUGUGCCGUCGACUUCCUCUUCGCUUUCUUCCACAUUUUCCUCUCUCUCGUCACCGCCUCGCUUGCUGUCGCCGCUGGCCUCGCUGCCCGCGGGCGCCGCGGCGCCUUCAGACCCGCAGUUCUUCCGCUGCCUGCUCGCGCUUCGCCGCGAGGAGCGAGGGCUGUGGCUGCGGCCGGGGUCUGUCGCGGCGCGCUCGCUGUUUUCGAUCCCCUCUGCCGGCGGCGGAAGGGGCCGAAUCGGGGAGCUCCACGCGCAGCAGCGUCCAGCUGCGUCGCUCGGAGGCCUUGGAGCCCCAGGCGGCGGGCGGGUCGCGUCCCUGGCGAUGGGCGCGUGGCCUUCGCCGCGGUUUUCCACGUACAAGGACACCGUACUGACGUCGCCUCCCUGUGCCGACUUGCUGCGUCUCUCUUCGGCGUCUCUGGCGUCGCCGCACCUCUCCGCCACCACGUCGCUCUCCUUCCUCUGUCUCCUCUCAGCCGCCUUCCUCCCCUCGCUCACGCCGCCGCCACCUUCCGCGGGCACCCGCGCCGCUCUCGUUCAGGCCUUUGCCGACACGUUCAGCCUCGCCUUCUUCCCCGCGCGCGCGCCGACGCCCACGCCUGGCUCGCCCUGCGACGAUCAGCUCCUGUGCGGGCCGUCGCCGGCCUGCAGAUGGCGCGGCGGAGGCGGCGACGCAACCGACGCCAUCUCCGCACUCGACCUCGCGUAUUCAGAUGCGAGGCAUGUGUCGCGCCUCAGUGAAGAUGAGCACGACGCGCACGCGAGAGGCGCUGCUGCGCCUCUCUCACUCUCACGAGACGUCUCUGAUGCGCUCCAGACUCGCGCGCAUAGGAGAAGUGGAGCGACAGAGGAAGGCGCGGAAGGCGCGCCCCUCGAGGAUGUCGCGGGCGACAGGCGGCAGUUUGGGCCUUGGGAGCUCCUCGUCGCCCCUCCGGCUGCGCCUGUCGCGUCGUUCCCGUCGUUGUGGCUUCUGACGCAAUGCUUCCUGCAAAACUGCCCGGCCUCCGCGGCGCUCCACGCGUCUCACCGCUCUGCCGGACCCGCCGCCGCGGUGUACGUACACCUCGGCGCGUGCCACCUGCUUCGGCGCGCGAUCUGCGCGAUGGACGAGAAGCGGAUUCUUCCCUUCGUCGACGUCGCGCUGCAAAUCCUCGGUGGCCACUGCGCGAGUCUGCAGAACGCCCGACGCGGAGAAGACGCGGCGCAACGCCCGCUCGCCGGAGGCGCAGACGGCAUCGUCGCUGCGCUGCCCGCCACUCUGGCCGAGGAGCUCGACUGCGCGGCCACAGCGGAAGCAGCUCUCGUGCUUCUCGCGUUGAUCAUCUACGAGCGACCUGGUCUAAGCAGAAUUGCCGGCCUCAACAUCGGGGCGAUUGUCGGGCACCACCUGGCGUGGGCGUUCCUGGGCGCGCUGUUGCCGCUCGCGGCUUCGGGGCCGUCUGCCUCCGCGGGCGGUCUUGUCUGUCACUCCGCCGCCUCGGAGCUCGCCUUCUCGACUGCCGUUCAGCCCGCCGCCCCCCUCCCCGCGGGAGCCUCGGCCGCCGCGGCGCGCGGUGGAGCGCCUGCGCGGGUGGAGUUGCUCAUGGAGAUCUUCGCCCUCGGCCUCAACAUCCUCUGGGGCGGCGCGUGCCUCUUCAGCAGAAAAAUCGCGAACCUCCUGGAUGCCUACACACCGCGGGGCUUCACAGAGAAGCUGGGAGGUACAAAUUCAGCGGGCGUCUUCGAAGCGCUUCUGCCGGACGAGGUGCUUCUCUGCCAGCUGAUGGCGGCGAUGUUCGCGCUGACGCUGCGGCCGCAGUGGAGCGCCUGCAGCUCUCUCAUCCUCACGCGUCUCGCCCGCGCGAACUUUGCUCUCUUCAUCAAAGUCCUGGGCAGGGCGGCGAAAACGGUCGACUUCGGCUCCGAGUACACCGCGGCGGCGCUCCUCACACUCGUUCAGUUUGCAGCGCGAAUUCCCGAGCUGUCGCUGGAGCAUCUGCCGGACAUCGUCGAGGCAGUCGUCCGCUGCCUCGACCCUGCGGAGCCUCACCUGCGGCGGCGGGCGCUGAAUGCGGCGACAGCGGCGCUCUUCCACCUCGUGCGUUGCUUCCCGCUGGCGACGUUUCAUCAGCAGACACAGCGCUUCGCUGUUGGCUGCUCCGAUGGGCUCAUCAUUCUGUAUGACUUGCGGACUGCGACCAAGUGGAAGGUGCUGGAAGGCCACACAGGCGCAAUCAGCUGCCUGUCCUUCUCCGACGACGGGUCGCUGCUCGGCUCGUACUCGAUCGCCGACUGCUCCAUGCGCCUCUGGCAGAGUUCGUCGUCGGGGUUCUUCGGUGGCAUUCUAGGCGUGUCCGCCAAGUCGCAGAAGAUUGUUCAGCUGCCGCCCUGCCCCAAGAAUAUCUUCUGGCAGUCCAUUCCAUACCAACUCGAGACUGUGCGCAUGGUCAACAAGUCCAAGAGUGAGUGGAUGAUUCGGCGAGAGGACGGCAAAGGCUACAUGGUGUUGGUGUCGUAG